CUCUUCACUCUUACUAGUCAUACCCACUGGGCCACUGCAUAUAAUGAUGUUAACCUUGAAGCUUCUCUACAAAAUUCCAAAUCCUUGGCGAUUUUCACAAACCCAAAAAUGGGCGAUGUACCAGGCCUCCUCACACAGCCGCCGCCUCCCUCUGCGCCAAAACCCCACAUGCCCAUGUUGUAUUACGGCCUCCUGGUUAUUGGAACCGCCGCGCUUCUGCUGGCAGUGUACAACCUACUCAUCAUCAGAUGGUGUACGCAGCGCCGCCACAGCCAGGCUCCGCCGAGACCAAGUCCGUUGGUGGAGAUCUCAGCGGGCGGCCAGAGCUUUGAAAACCUUAACAGGAACUUGUUGUCCAGCUUUAAGUACAAGAACGAAGAUGGAGGAGGAGGAGGAGUGGCACAAGAUGAGUGUGCGGUUUGCUUGUCGGUUUUUGAGGAAGGUGAAGAGCUGCGGACGCUGCCGCGUUGCAAGCACUCCUUUCAUGCUCCAUGCAUAGAUAUGUGGCUCUACUCUCACUCUGAUUGCCCGCUUUGUAGGGCUCCGGUGGGUUCGUGGUGUCAGCGACAUGCCUUGUAUAGGCAGCCGGCGAAUUCUAGAGGAGGUUUGCUGGAUUCAAGCAUCUCAGUUUGAUAGGAUUUUUAUUUUUAUUUUUAUUUUUUAUUUUUCGAUUGAAAAAUACCUUCUCCUUUUUUUCAUUGGGAAUUGAAGGGGAAUUUUGAUACCCUUGCGUGUACGUUUGUUGGUGUCUGUGGGCCUGUGAGGACGAUAAGAACAAAGAAAGAUUGGGUAGGAAGCAGGUUGCACCGAUGGUGUUGUGUCUGGACAAACUUUUUAUCCAAUUCAGUCCAUUAAAUUAAUUGAAAAAAAUAUUAUUCUUUUCAAA